AUGUCACAACAACUUUCUUCAAUGCUCAAAGAACAUCAGAAGAAACAACAUUUACGGAAAGAAAUGCAAGGUCAGCUUUUAUUCAUAAAAAACAACCUCAAAACCGUAUUUUUCCAGAAAAACUAAAAAACGAAGCAGUUGUGGCAGCUCAACAACUUUCAACAGCAGUCGUCGAUCAUUUAAAUGCAAAAGUCUCUCAAGCAUAUGGAAAUCAAAAAAGAUUAGAUGUCGAAGCAAAAAGAUUCGAAAAUAAUGCGGCUGCUUUAGCAAAACAAACAGAACAAUGGUUAUUUAUUACUGAAGGAUUGAAUUAUGCAUUGAAAGAAAUUGGAGAUGUUGAGAAUUGGUCGAAAACUAUUGAAAAUGAUAUGAAAAUCAUUUCUGAAACUUUAAAAAGAGCUUAUGGUACGUUUUCCCGAAAGUUUGAAUUUUUCAAAAUUGAAAGUUUUCAGAAUCGAAAAAUUUGCCAUCUGUUUCUACGGAAAACGAAUCUAGUUGA